AUGGGCUCUCAGGUGAACCAGAACUACCAUGUGGACUGCGAGGCAGCAGUGAACUGCGUGGCCAACCUGGAGCUUUAUGCCAGCUAUGCCUACCUCUCCAUGUCUUACUACUUUAAGCGUGAUGACGUGGCCCUGAAGCAUGUGGCUGACUUCUUCAGCAAAGAGUCCCUCAAGAAGAGUGCAGAUGCAGAGGCAUUUCUUAACUAUCAGAACAAGAGAGGAGGGUGCAUCAUUCUGCAGGACAUUCAGAAGCCAGAAAAGGAUGAAUGGGAGAACAGUUUGGUGGCCUUUGAGAGCGCCUUGCGGCUGGAGAGCAUCCUGAACCAAGCUCUCCUGGAUUUGCACCAUCUCGCUCUGCAGAAAGGGGAUCCGCACAUGUGCGACUUCCUAAAGUCCUUCUUGGAGGACCAGGUGGCAGCUGUCAAGGAGCUAGGGAGCUACAUUUCCAACCUGCGGCGCCUGGAAGUGCCCCACAACGGCCUGGGGGAGCACCUCUUCGAUCAGCACUCCUUCACAGAGAGUGCCUGAGCUCAAUGACUGCUGGCUAUU